CGCAACACGUCCCCUUCUGCCGACAGCGGUGCCGCUACUGCGACUUCCCCAUCGCCGUCCUGAACAGGGACGCGGAGCAGGCCGCCGCGGCGACGAGCCGGUACGUGGACACCGUGGUCCGAGAGAUUCAGGUGGGCGGCGCGGGUGCCUUCGACUGGACCGACGGCAGCUGGGAGCCCGCGCCGCUCGACACCGUCUACUUCGGCGGCGGCACGCCGUCGCUGCUGCCCACGGAGGGCUUCCGGAGGAUCCUGGAGGCCCUGCAGCAGCGCUUCGGCCUGGCGCCCGGGGCCGAGAUCACCGUCGAGUUGGACCCUGGGACGUUCGACGGCGGCAAGGUGAGGGACCUGGCCGCACUCGGCGUCAACCGGGCGAGCAUCGGCACGCAGAGCCUGGACGACGGCACGCUGGAGCUGUGCGGCCGCGGCCACACGGGCGAGGAGGCGCUCGCCGCCGUCGCGGCGGUGCUCGCUGCGGGCGUGGCGAACGUGAGCGUCGACUUCCUGAGCGGGGUCCCGGGCCAGUCCGAGGAGGCGCUCCGCCGCGGCCUUCGCCGCGCGGCGGGACUCGGCGUGAGCCACGUCUCGGUCUAUGACCUGCAGUACGAGCCGGGCACCCCGUUCGAGCGCCAGUUCCCCGAGGCGGGCGAGGCCGGGAGGCCGUCGGAGGGUGCGGCCGCCGACCUGUACGUGGCCGCGCACGAGGAGCUCGCCGCGGCCGGCUUCGAGCACUACGAGGUGUCCUCCUUCGCCCGCCUGGCGCCGCCGCUGGCGUCUCCGCCGAGCCGCUGCCGCUCGCGGCACAACCUGGGCUACUGGUCUGGCAGGCCCUACGCCGCGUUCGGGAACGGAGCCGCCUCCUUUGUCCGCGGCGUGCGGAGCUCGCGGCCGCGCGGGGUGGACGAGUACUGCUCCUGGGUGCGGCAGGGCGGCCCAGAGGCGCAGCUGGCGGACGUGGACACGUCCCCGCGCGACGACCCCCGCGGCCCGCUGUACGAGGCGCUCAUGCUGGGGCUCCGCACCUCCGACGGCGUCGCCCUCUCCGCCGGGGGCUCCGCCGCCGGCUCCGCCGCCGGCCCUGCCGCGUGGCCGGCCCUGGAGCCGCUGCGGCUGCACGGCGACCUCGCCGGCUGCCUCGCCGCGGCCGCCCGCGCGCUGCAGCCCUGGGCCGAGUCCGGGCACGCGGAGGUGGACGUGCGGCACCCCGGCGGCGACGCGGGAGGCGCCGUGGAGCUCCGCGCCCGCCUGCUGCCGCCCCACGGGUUCCUCGUGUCCAACACGCGCUGUCGGACGUCUUCGCGGCCGCGCUGGCAGCGCCCUGAGGCUGCGGGGCCCGGCGCUGCACGGGCGCUGCGCUGCCGCUCGGCGCGGCUGGGCCGACGGAGAGCGUCACCGCAGCGUCGAGGGGGCGGC